CCAAGACUGUUUUAUUACCGUGUUGUAUGCAUAAGAUUUGGAAGGAAUGUGUCUCAUUGACAGGAUUCUGUAUUCUGAAAUGAGGAUCGAGAAGAACUCAGGAGACACAUUGUAAAAAUGGCAUUAAGGUAUCAGUGCAUUUAAGACCAACGAUAAGAUUAAUCUAAUUAAUAGAAUAGAGAUAUAAAUACCUUAAACAUUCUGUUUGGGGUCAGGAUACCUUUGGCUCUCAAAAUACAUACUUUGCUUUAUCUGCUUGAUGCUUAUAAAUCUGAUUUUAUAGCCCAUAUAACGUAGUACAUGAAAUAUUUCCUUACUUGGUUAAUAACUUUGUUUUAGUCUCUGCAAACUCCAUAGAGAAGUGCUCCCCCACCCUGGGGUCGAACCAGGAACGCUUUUCGCUGUAAAGUGACAAUGCUAACUACCAUGCCACUGUGCCGUUUACCACAACAGCAAAAACAAAUGAUGAUUUUUGGUUUUGGUGUUUCAACCCAAUAUUUUCAGUGGCCCUAUCUGGCCACCCCUAUCAAAAAAUUCUGGGAGUGCCCCUGGUAAAAUAGGGAGAUAUUUGAUUUGUAUAAGUCUAUAUUUGCUACCAGAGUCAGCUAUAACAGCUAGUGACAGUGUUAUAAGGUGGGCACAUGUGUGUAUGUCUUUAUUAAUUUGUGUAUGUUGUCAUAUUGUAAAUGAUUGCACCGCUCAGCCUCGGUGCCUCUGGUUACUGAGCGCCUAUACGGAGCCAGCGCGCUGUUUCCCUCAACUGAAUCAUCUCUGCAGCCAACAGCUGCGUCAAGUUAACCAUUUUAUACAGACUUGCACAGGAAGUCAGCGGGUUUAUCCUUCAAAAUAAAAGCCUAAUUACUGCUCAGCACUCCUUUUUAUAUGUGCUCAUAACAAGAUGUUUUAUUUUGAACCGCUGAGCAUAACUCAUCCUGUCUGUGUGUUUACAGACUUGACACAAAUCCGUGACACCGACCAGAGGCGUGUAGUUCAAGACGCAGUUAGAGUCGCGCUCUAAAACCAGAUGCCAGCAACAUCACACCUCUUCUGGCACAAAAACUAUUAAUCCUUUUUUCUUCUUCCUGGUUUAGCACAAAAACAUAACCGUCCUGUUUUUUUUAUUAAUGAAGAAUGGGCUGCGCAAUAUCAGGUCUGGCAGCAAAAGCAGAGUUUGGAGGGAAGACUACAGAGGAUGGUGCAGCUGCUUUGUAUCCCAGCGAGGAUCAGGUUCAGAUGAUCAAGGAGUCAUGGAAAGUUAUCCGGGACGAUAUAGCCAAAGUUGGGAUUAUUAUGUUUGUCAGGUUGUUUGAGACCCAUCCGGAAUGUAAGGAUGUCUUUUUCCUGUUCCGAGACGUGGAGGACCUGGAGAGGUUGCGGAACAGCAGGGAGCUCAGAGCACACGGCCUACGGGUGAUGUCUUUCAUCGAGAAAAGCGUGGCCAGACUGGACCAGCUGGAGAGACUGGAAGCUCUGGCUCUGGAGCUGGGAAAAAGCCAUUACCAUUACAAUGCUCCGCCUAAGUACUACAGUUACGUCGGAGCAGAAUUCAUCUGCGCCGUGCAGCCCAUCCUGAAGGAGAGGUGGACGGCUGAGCUGGAGGAAGCAUGGAAGACCAUGUUCCAGUAUCUGACCAGCCUCAUGAAGCAGGGAUACGAGGAGGAGAGCAACCGACAGCGCCACCUCGCACACUCCCCGAAGGAAAGACCAGACAAGAAGAACACGGCGCUAUGAGAUGCUUCUUCUCUUAACAUAACUCAGACUGUUUUUACCAGUACAGCACAGAAAUGUGUUCCUGUAUAUAGUGUAUUUAGUGUCUCCUUUUCUACAUCGCUCGUGUUUACAUGUUUACUGCAGUCAUUGUUUGCUUUUUUUUUAAUCACUAUGGACAAAAGAACAACGUAGUGAUUUUCAACAACGCACUUUAUUUCUGAACUUAAAUUCUGCUGCAGUCCUCUUCCAUGAGAUCAGGACCUGAGAGCACGAAGAGACAAUACAAAUAUAGUGGCUGUAGUGAUAUCUGCCUUGUCAUUGUGAUUAACAGAAACAUUAUUAGAAUUACAGCCAAGACUUUGUCUCUGUACUCAUAACUCAAACAUGCCUUUCAGUAAAAUCUACAACUUUUAACAUUUUGUGUGUUGUUUCAUCACUCAGAUUUCACUUAACCACCUGAACCGAAGCUACACAGUAGGAAUUACUGGCCUUUAACAAUGUGAGACAGCCAGUUUGACAGUUUGGUUUGAUACCAUGGUUCAAAACAAAAAUAAUAUUCAUUGUACUUUAGGAGGUGUACUAAUAACAUAGAAUUAAGUAAAUUUUUAUCUCCAGUAUCAAGCCUCAUACAGUAAAAUGUGUUUAAAAUAAAAAACAUAUCAUCUGAUCUGAUUAAGUUAAGUUCUGUGCUUCGAAGCAACUUUGCAGUAAAUUAGAUUCUUACUUAAUUUAAAAAAAA